AUGCCUUCGUUUGCCAACGACCCGAAAACCAAAUUUUUCAUGCCAAUAUCCCAUAUUUAUGACCCUAUCCAGACCUCCAACAACAGUACCUUCGAGCGCGGUUUGUUCGCUUUCCUCGAAGCAGCCAACAGCGAUGGCCUCGGAUCUCAAAGCUAUCCCAAUUCAAUCCCUAUAUCCCCUUCGAUGAUGGGUAUCCCUUGGCCGAGCAAGUUUCCCGGAUGCCGUCAAUGCAAGCACUGGGAAACCGCAGAACGCAUGACCAAAGAACUUCUCCAUGCGAUCUAUCAGAACCACAAGCAGAGACCGCAGGAUGACGGCAAACUCCCUAUCGAGUUGCAGGAAACUUCUACCGAUAUACGAUCACUCAAAGAGAAAGAGCUGAUAGCCACUGCGGUCAAAUCGACGGUUUAUAUGUUUCCCGAUGCCAGUCCUGUGAGAGCGGGAAUGAUAGCGCAGUCUAUGCUGCUUAUCUUUUUGCACGAUGACGUUGUCGAAGAUUCCCCGGUGUAUGCAGGCUCUACAAUCACAGACGCCAUCAUGGCUCCCUGGAUCGGCACCAAGGAUGCGAGUGUACAGCACCCUCUAUACAGCUUCUUAAAAGCAGUAAUCGACGAAGAACCCAUUCUCGGGAGAAACCUCCUCUCUGGCGCGUUCGCCUGGAUCAAACACACAAAGGGCUACCAGUCCAUCCCACCUACUGUUUUCGAUUCCCUGAGGAAUUAUCUGGACUAUCGAUCCGUAGAUAUCGGGCGCGAGUUACUCCUAGCCCAAGCCGCAUUUGCAUGCAAUGUCCACCUCUCCGAACCGGGAAUGAAAGUCUUCGAUCACCUCAUCCGUCUGUAUUCCGACCACAUCUCUCUCACUAACGACCUGUACUCGUUCGACAAGGAGUACGGCGAUCAUUGCAGAACAGGCGCGGUCCUCAUCAACGCGGUUGAUGUCGUGCGAAAGGUCCAUCAGGUCUCCGCGUCCAUAGCGAAGCAGCUCGUUCGCGAAUCCAUUCUCGAAAUGGAAACUGAGUUUUCGGCUGAAUUCAAAAGGUUGAAGCUGUUGGGGCAGUUGUCUGACGGUCAGCAACGGAGGCGGAACGAGCGGGAGGCUGCAGAAUACGCACGCCAGCAGGCACUUUCGCCGGAAGAGAGACGAAAAGAAAAGAUUGAAAGGGAUGCUAGAGGUCUCAAGCGGCAUAUGACGCCGCAGUUCGCGACUGGCUUUUCCGGAGAGAUUCGAUUGUCUCACUAUCCCGUUUUCCUGCUACAGGAAGCACCUGAGUCGCGCAAUGGAGCAACCUGCCAACUGUUCUGUUGUACCGAUCGUAUCCUUCCCCGUGACUAUAGAAUUGCAGUUUCCCCAGGAGAUCGAAAUGUAUUUGGAAGUCCAGAUUACUAUCAUGUCCAUUGUUUCGAGGAACUUCUCGACCUGACGUCGCCACACUUUGUUUCACGGUUCGAACCCGACAUAACGAAAUACGUUCCUGACCGUGGCGCACAGUGUCUUUUGGAGGAAUGCACUCGCAAAUGGAAAAGCCAAAUAGAAAGUGCAAACACCGAACCGGACGAGUGGAGCAUAGCAGAUGGCCUUUGGCAACAGACCAGGCAGGCCUCCCGCCGGGCCCUUCAGCGAGAUCACGCCCUCCUUGGUGAGCUUGUCCCUUUGGAUUUCUACCAGGGUGUGCAUGCCAAAGAUCUGCGAACGGAAUCCGAUUCCAUUCUAGAUCAUCCACCAUAG